AUGUGUGUACGAGUUGAAAAAGUUGCUGCAUCGCUUGUGCCGGAAUUUCUCAGUCGGAAGGUAGGUGGAGAUCUGUGCACAUAUGAAAUUGGAAUAAAAUGCAAACGCUAGUUAGCUCUCAAGUUGGCUAACGCGUUACAUAGCCUGUCUAAAGUAACGUUCAAAACACCACCAUUCAAUCUGGAGUUGUAGGUAGUGUACAAACAGAGAAUAUUAGAGAACGUAGCUAGCAUUAUUAGCAAUAACUUGAAGUCAGUUCAGUGAUGAAGUCAUCUCAGAUGUUUUGAGAAUGUUUAAGCUUUACAGGUAACGUUACAGUUAAACUAGCUAACAGCAGGCUCAGUCCAUGUUUGUUUAGUUUACCUGUACACACUACGGGGACUCAAGAAAACGAUUGCUUGCAUGGAUGAAGAGCAUCCCCGUAUAGAUGCCAACAUCAACAAUAGAUCCGACCUGCGACAAAUUCUUCACCUGGACGGUCUAUCUAAGAAAAACAAGGUAAUCCAGCUAGCUAGCUAA